AUGGAUGAAGAAUUGAAAUGUCCGGUUUGCGGAUCACUUUUCAAGGAUCCUAUCAUCCUGCCCUGCUCUCACAAUGUGUGUUCGGCCUGUGCACGAAACAUCAUUGUACAAACGCCGGAGGGUGAGACACCCCCUCAUAACAGGGCAUCGGGGAACUCCGACUAUGAUUAUUUGGAUAUGGAUAAAAUGAGCAUGUACAGCGAAACGGACAGCGGCUACGGUUCGUACACACCGUGUUUGAAGUCCCCAAACGGCGUACGAGUAUUCCCACCCUCCUUGGUGCACCGUCACUGCUCUAUCACCUGUCCGCUCUGCCACCGGAGUGUCUCGCUGGACGAACGGGGGCUGCGGGGCUUUCCGCGGAACCGACUGCUUGAGGCAAUAGUCUCCAGGUAUCAGCAAAACCGUGCGGCGUCAGUCAAAUGCCAGCUGUGCGACCGCAACCCUGUUGAUGCCACCGUAAUGUGCGAACAAUGUGACGUGUUUUACUGUACCCCGUGCCAGCAGCGAUGCCACCCAUCCCGUGGGCCCUUGGCCAAACACAAGUUGGUCCCGCCGACCCAAGCUGCGGGCGCCGCGAGCCAAGAACAACAGCAACAAGGCAAUGCAAUUGCACGCAAACCGGCAACAUGCAUCGACCAUGAAGCAGAAAACUACAGCAUGUACUGUCUCAACUGCAAGAUCCCGGUGUGUUAUCAGUGUCUCGAGGAGGGCAAACAUGGAAAACACGACGUAAAACCGUUAGCAGCCAUGUGGAAACAGCACAAGUGUCAGCUCUCUCAGGCUCUGAAUGGAGUGUCAGACAAAGCCAAAGAUGCCAAGGAGUUUCUGGUUCAGCUGAAGAACAUGCUACAGCAGAUCCAGGAGAAUGGUGUGGAGUUUGAGGCAUGUCUGGUGGCUCAGUGUGACUCCCUCAUUGAAGCUUUGACUCGACAGAAGGCCAAGCUGUUGACCAAGGUCACCAAGGAACGAGAGUGCAAGCUGAAGGUGGUUCGUGACCAGAUCACUCACUGCACCAUGAAGCUGAGACAGACAACAGGAAUGAUGGAGUUCUGUCUGGAAGUGAUCAAAGAAAACGACCCCAGCGGCUUCCUGCAGAUCUCGGACGCGCUGAUCAAGCGUGUACAGAGUUCUCAGGAGCAGUGGGUCAAAGGAGCGUUGGAACCUAAAGUGUCUCCUGAGUUUGCCCUCACACUCAACACAGACCCUUUACUGCAGUCUAUUCUGCAACUGGACUUCACACAGAACAAAGACGAGCAGGAGACUCCGUUAAUGAAACAAAUGCAUGCAGGUGGACAGAAAGAGACGGAAAACGCCGGAGCGGACACGCCCACCGUGCCCCCUCCACCUCUGCUGCAGCUGGAGAAAUGUUGCACCAGAAAUAACAGCGCCACUCUGGCCUGGAGGAUAACUACCACACCAGUGUUCCCAGUAGAAGGAUACGUGCUGGAGUUGGACGAUGGGAACGGGGGCCAGUAUCGGGAGGUAUAUGUGGGGAAGGAGACAGUCUGUACAGUGGAUGGGCUGCAUUUUAACAGCUCUUAUAACGCAAGAGUCAAAGCCUACAGUUCGGCUGGGGUUGGGCCUUACAGCAAGACUGUGGUUCUCAAGACAUCUGAUGUGGCCUGGUUCACCUUUGACUCCAGCACGGCUCACAGGGACAUCGUUUUGUCCAACGACAACCAGACGGCGAGCUGUAACAGCUACGACGACCGUGUGGUCCUGGGAACGGCGGCCUUCUCUAAAGGCGUCCAUUACUGGGAGCUCACCAUCGAUCGCUAUGACAACCACCCAGACCCUGCCUUCGGGGUGGCGCGCAUCAACGCCAUGAAAGACGUGAUGUUAGGGAAAGACGACAAAGCCUGGGCGAUGUACGUGGACAACAACCGCUCCUGGUUCAUGCACAACAACUCUCACACCAGCAGGGCGGAAGGUGGAAUCACUAAAGGUUCCACAGUGGGAAUUCUGUUGGACCUGACCAAACACACGCUCACGUUCUUCAUUAAUAAGGAGCAGCACGGGCCUGUCGCCUUUGAGAAUCUGGAGGGAGUCUUCAUGCCUGCCGUCAGCCUGAACCGAAAUGUCCAGGUUACUCUGAUUACAGGUCUGGAGGUGCCAAAGAAUAUGAAGUAG